AGAUGUACAAGUUGCUACAUCAGGACCAUCAGUAAUAAUCAGCAAUACACCUGGUUGAUCAGGCUCUGAUCCACCAGGAGGCCUGGUCACAGACCUGGCCGCGGGGCGUUGACCCCCGGAACUCUCUCCAGGUAAACUCUCUCCAGGUAAUACUUCAAUAUCAACAGCAAGGCACCGUCACUGGCAUAGUAGUAUUAAUGUACUGUUAAAGCUGUGAGUCAAGAUGAGUUUUGCAAGCCCUACAAACCUCUGUAUCCCGGCGCUUGGUCGUCCUUUCCGUCUUGGGAUGCUUUAUGACUGCAGAAAUGAUAAAUUAAUCCAGGGCAUUUCUCUAUGGGACAAAUCAUCAAUGGAGGAAAAAAAUUGUCAGCAUCAAGAAACAUCUGAAUUCCACAUAAUUACUUCUGAUUCUCUAGAAGAUAAAGCCGCAGCUUUUGAAAUAAAUGCUAAUAUGAAGCUAAGCUUUCUUGGCGGUCUGCUCGAUGUGUCGGGAUCUGGGAAAUACCUUCGCAAUGACAAGUCUUCUAACAAUCAAGAGAGAGUCACUCUGCAAUUCAAGUGUACCACCAAGUCGGAGGAGAUGACUAUGGAACAACUUGGUAAGGGUAAAGUGCAACACCCAGAUGUAUUUGAUCAUGGAACUGCAACACAUGUCGUCACUGGAAUAGUAUAUGGAGCACAUGCAUUCUUUGUUUUUGAGAGAGAUCGUUCCUCCUCCUCACGUGAUGAGGAAGUUUGUGGAACUUUGGAAGGUUUGGUGAAAUUAAUACCAACGUGUUCGAUCGAUGGUAAAGGUCAAAUUGAUAGUUCUGAAAAUUUAAUUAAAAAAAAUAAGAAUUUUAAAUGCACAUUCAUUGGAGAUUUUCUGCUACGUGAAAAUCCUUGUACCUUCCAAGAUGCUGUUCGAGUGUACAGAGACUUACCAAAGCUCUUAGGAGAGGAAGGACAAAAUGCAGUACCAGUCAAAAUUACAUUGUAUCCUCUAACCUUGCUUGAUAGUAAGGCCAGUAAAUUAGUUCGCGACAUUAGUGCAAAUCUUACCAGUGAGACAGAAAAAGUCUUCGAAGAUCUUCAUGAGUUCACUGUGAGGUGCAACGAUUUAUGUAAUUCUUCUGCUGCAAAAACAAAUAAGAUUAUCCAAAAAGAAGCAUCAAAAUUUAAAUCACUCAUUACUACUUACAAAUGUGAACUCCAGAGAUUAUUGUCAUUAUUGCUACCCAGUAUCAAAGGUGGUGGUGCUGAGGAAUCCCUUCUGGCAGAUAUUCUAAGGAAGAACGAGGAAUCUCCAUUCAGCUACCAUAACCUGCAAACUUGGGUUCAAGAUAAAGAAGAAAUUGUACAAGUUCUCAAUGAAUAUGUCAAGACAUUUUCAGACAUUAAGUUUGUCUCACAACCGGGUGAUUUACAGUCAAUGAUCAUGAGUCCAGAAUAUGACUACACAUUCUGCUUCAGAAUUUUUCUGCCAAAAAACAACUCUCAUCUUUCUAAAAUGGAAAAAUACAUAAAAAAUGAAUGUAAACCUGAAAGUGACCAAGCAAAUGUAAAACGUUCUGAGGAAACUUUGCUGACAAAUCGCAGUGGUGAAAAUUACAUGAUGAAGAGAGCUAGAUUAUUUAGAGACUUCUUUUACUCUAACAAAGAAACAAAAUAUACUGCUUUUAUAGUGGCAGUGGACUUUUCUGAUACGUUAAACUAUGAAGCUAAUAUAGAAUGUUACAGGCGAGGUGGUCUGCUAUAUGAGAAUUAUGAAGUUUUAUCUGCACCUGGCAUGCCUCAAAUUGAUGGAACUAAUAGUACUCAUGAUAGUAUUACUAUUGUCUGGACAUCACCAGAAUCUGGAGUUUCAAAUGUGCAAAAAUAUGAAAUACUUUGUCAACAAAUGAGUAUAGAGAUUUCACCUGCGAUCUUCAGGUUCACAACAAGUGCUGACACUCGCAGCUUCACUCUUACAAACCUUGAGGUUAACAGUGUUUACCAAGUGAGCGUUCGGAGCUUGUGCGAGGCUGGAGUGAGUCCCACAAGUGAAACUAACAAAGUCUCAACUAGACCAACGAGCUCCCCAGGGAAGCCUCAAGUAUGCCAAAAGUCAUCAACAACUGUAGAAAUACAAUGGUCACAACCAGAAUGCAUUGGUCCACGCUGCUGCAUAGCAAACUAUAUAGUCAAGGAGCAGAAGGAAGGGACUAAUGAAUGGGACAUAAUAGCAACCACCAAAGCAGAUGAAGUUACCUACACAACAGAAUUUACACCAAACACAGUUCCCAAGUUUAAAAUAGCUGCUGAAUGUGGUGCUGCAGGCUGCAGUGUGGACAGUGAGCCCUCUGAUCACAUUUCUUUAAAAACUGAUAAAGAUUUAAAAGAUGAAGAAAGCAAAAAAAUGAAACAAAAAUUAUGUGCAGCAUCAAGUGUAGCAUCUGUUGGUACACCUACUAUUUACUUGCUUCAACCAAAAUUAGUUAUUUCUGAAGCUCAAAAUUUGAUAAGAAAGUAUGAACUGGGAACACCAGAUCACAAUAAAGGUUUCCAGGAAAAAGUAAUCUUACUAGUCGGAGCAACAGGAUCAGGCAAGACAACCUUGAUCAAUGGCAUCAUCAACUACAUCUUUGAUGUUAAUUGGACCGAUGAUUUUCGCUACAAAUUAAUAUCGGAAAUCACUGAUGGCAACCAGGCCAAAAGUCAGACUCGACACAUUACUUCUUACACCAUUCAUCAUCAUGAAGGUUCUAACUUCCCCAACAUUCUGACCAUCAUUGACACUCCAGGGUUUGGUGACACCUCAGGAGUGAUGAGAGACAGGGAGAUCACAGGUCAGAUACAAAAGUUCUUUAACACCAAAGGUUCAGGUGGUAUUGAUCAUAUCGAUGUUGUUGGCUUUGUGAUUCAGUCUUCCUUGCCCAGAUUAACUCCAACACAGUCAUACAUUUUUGACCAGAUCCUUUCCUUGUUUGGAAAAGAUAUUAAGAAUAACAUUUUUCUGUUACUCACUUUUGCUGAUGCACAAAAACCACAAGUUUUGAGUGGAAUAAAGGAAGCUAAUAUGCCAUACAAAAAACAUUUCAAGUUUAACAAUUCUGCUUUAUAUGCUAAAAACAAAAAAGAUGCUAGAUGUACUGCUACUAAAGAUGACAGUGACGAAGAGGAUGGAAAUUGUAAGUUUGAUGAAAUGUUCUGGGAGAUGGGAGUAAAUAGCUUCAGUACUUUUCUGAAAGAGUUGAACGUAGUUAAGAGUAAAAGUCUUUUAUUGACUCAGGACGUACUGAAUGAACGAGGUCAGCUACAAAACUAUAUCAUGGGGAUUCAAAAAGAAAUUCAGGCAGGUCUCAACACACUGGAAACAUUGAAGACAGAGACAGAAGUAGUAAAAUCUCACCAAGCUGACAUAGACAGAAAUAAAAACUUUACUUAUACAGUAAAUGAGGAAGAAUUUAAAACAGUUGAAAUUCCUUCAGGUCAGUAUAUAACAAAUUGCCAAAAAUGCAAUCGAACCUGCCAUGAAAUUUGUGGGAUUGCCGAUGAUAAUGAGAAACAUGGAUGUUGGGCAAUAACUAAUGAUUAUUGUCGUAUUUGUCCAAAAAAAUGCCACUGGGCAGUGCAUAAGAACUGCAGAUUCAAGUUUGUUCUUGAAAUGGUGCAGAAAACUAAAACUGCUGAGGACUUAAGAGCACGCUAUGAGAAAGCAGCAGAGGGAAAACUGUCAGCUGAAAACCUCAUUUCAAGAAUCCAGGAUGAAUUUAAAGCAGUGCGACUGAAAACUUUGGGAAUGACAGAAUCAGUGAGGAAGUCAUUGGAGCGCUUGCAAGAAAUUGCUCUCAAGCCAAACCCUUUGUCAACAGUUGAAUAUAUUGACAUCCUGAUUGAAUCUGAACAGUCAGAGGCACAUCCAGGAUGGAAGUCGAGGGUCAACCAACUGAAAGAUGUCAGAAAAGAGGCAGAAUAUAUACAAAAGAUUGCUGAUGAUGGAUAUGAUCCUUUUGAAGAUUACAUAAAAAAGAUUGACGAAGAGACAAAAUCAAACCCAGAAGGUCCUUGGGCAGCUGCAGGACAGUAUUUAUCUAUCAUCAAGUAAGUACUGUUACUUUUCUCCAUAGAUAACAUAAUGAAAAUAUAAGUUAAAUUAUUAUUUAAUGACAAGCUUUUAAUAACGGUAGAGCAGAUUGUGAAGAUUUAUGUAUAAUUAACAAGUCAUUGGAUGCCCAAGCCUCUUCCAAACAAAGACUUCCCUACCCAACCCUCCAACCUUUCCUAGGCUUACCCUUACCCUUUUUCCAUCUACUACUGAUUUAUAUACUAUUCAAGUUUUUCUUCCUCUCUAAAUUUCCAAAUCAGCUCUAUAACCUCUCCCCCCCUCAAGGGAGGUUCCUUGAUGCUGGUGAGGGGCUCUUGAUCAAGGGAGUUGGAUCUGUGUUCCAGUUCUCUGAAUUGAGUCUGAAUACCUUCCAUCCCCCACAUAUAACCCUAUGGGUUUAGCGCUUCCCUGUGAUUAAAAUAAAAAUAAAUUUAUAACCUCUCCUCAGCCCACUGGAUAAUAUUCUCAGUAACCCCACAGCUUUUAAUUGCCAACAAACGAAUUCUUUGCAUAAUAUUCACACCACACAUUGCUCUCAGAUAUGACGUCUGCUGUCUCAGAGCGUCUCCUCACUGCAGUGUUGAAAACCCAUAUUUCACACCCAUAUAGGAGUGUUGGUACCACUAUUUUCUGAUACAUUCCCCUUUUUGUCUCCAUAAAUAACGUUCAUCUCUACAGAUGCCUCAAUGCCCCAUAGGACUUUUUUUCCCUUCAAUUCAAUGGUUCACUUCAUCAGUCAGUAGGUUAGUAUCUCACAGAGCGAUGCAUCUUUGCCUGGGAGUAUAAGGGAACAUUUUCUCAAAGCAAUUUGUAGUUUAGCCAGAGGCAUGUAGGUGUUUUCUCAUCGCUGUGCGAUUGUCAUUAUCCCAGAGCAAUGUGUUUAUUCUGGGUGGGUGUUUGCCAUGAGUGACACGUUUUUGUUUGGGGCAUGAGGGCGUUCUCUUAUUGCUGUGAAGUUGGCAUUAUCACAGGGAAGCGCCUAACCCCGGCCUCCUCCAUGCCCACAGCCUCCUCUCUAAGAUCACCUUUACACCAUCAUUCUCCUACCUCUUGGUUCAAGUCCAACACAGCUCCCACACCCCUACAACUUCAACUCCUUUGCCCCAUCACACCACCUGCUCCAACGCCUUGAUCAAGACCAAUCCAGCUCCAUUUCCUUGCAUCAAGAUCCCACUGUCAUCUUAGACCUCCGUUCUCCAUUUCCUCUGAUCAAGACCACCUCUCCCACUCCAUUUUGCAUGUACCUUCACUCCAAACAUCUCUCCCUCACCUUCCAUUAUCUAGCUCCUCAGAUCGAGAGCAGCCUCUCCUACAAAAUGCCCAACCUUAACACCCACGUAUUGUACACUACUUAACUACCUAUUAAUGAAGAAGUGCAAAAUACCACUAGCACGGUCCCUCAGUAUUCUUUGGAGAAAGAGCUUAUAAGAUCUAGGUGAAAUUCCAGAGGCCUUAAAGAGUGCAGACAUAGCUCCUUUACAUAAGGGAGGUAGUAGAAUGCUAGCUAAAAAUUACAGACCAUUAGCCCUAACUUCUCACAUCACAAAAAUCUUUGAAAGAGUGAUGAAAUGGCAGCUUACAAACUACAUGGACCAGC